AUGGCUGAGCAACUAAGAAAGUAUAUGGAGAAGCUCGAUGAUCUUCCUCCAUUCAUUCGUAAGAAUGCUGAAGAAAUUCGUGAACUUGAUGAGAAAGUCGAGGGAAUAAUGCGCGUGAUUGAAGCACGUACUGUGGCGCACGUGAAAAACUUGAAGAAAACGCCAAUGGAGCAACGUGUGAAAUGGUACAAAGAAGUGCAGGCAUUGUAUAAGGAGGCAGACAAAUUAAGUGAGAGGAAGGUGAAACUUGCUCAAAAGAUGUAUGAUACCGUCGAUAUGCACAUCAAGGAGAUGGACCAACAACUCGUUGAGUUCCAGGAGUUUCAGGUCAAGAAAUACAAUGAAACUCAAGCAGCUAAAGCAGGCACGUCAUCUUCGGAUAAUCAAAAGCGUAAAGGAUCGGUGUCCGCGAUGAAGACCGAUAAGCGGAAGAAACCGGGCGAUCCGAAGGCUGCUCGUCCGGAUGGUGCAUCGUUUGUGCAUACGUUCAAGCCCUCGGCGAUAACUACUGUGGACAUGCCUGUUGAUCCGAACGAACCAACGUAUUGCAUCUGCCAUCAGGUGUCUUUCGGGCAAAUGGUUGCUUGUGAUGGACCGGAUUGUAAGAAUGAGUGGUUCCACUUCCAGUGUGUCGGCUUAACAUCUUCUCCUGUUGGGAAAUGGUAUUGCGAUCAGUGCAAGGAAGCAAGAAAGAAGAAGAUUAAGCCGUAA